UCGAGAUUCGAGUUCCCUAACAUGGAUUCCUCGUGGUCUCCUCUUUUCCCCUCCUUCCUCUCUUCCCAUCCACGAGUCCCCCGAUCCACUUCCAACCCCAAUCCUACCUCUUUUGUCUUCUUCUGCCCCCCACCCUCCUCAGAUCAAUCCAAGCUCUCCCAGCUUCAGUGUAUUGGUUUGGAUUGAGUGAAGCGUAAUUGGAGUUCUUCCCGUCUAAGACAUUUGGUUUUCGGAUCCUGAUAUGGAGAAGCUCCCGGACGGGGAUCGCGCCCUCCUUGGCUACGCCCAUCGAGACCCUUUCGGAAACCCGCCGAACUCGGCGGCGCACCGGAACUCCGAUGUGGAUUUCCACGACGUGUUCGGCGGCCCCCCGAGGCGUUCUUCAUUUUAUGAGUGUCGUCGGAGCCGGGGGGAUCCAUUGGAAUUGCGUUCCUCGCUGAGGGGGAGAGGAAGCGGGGAGGAGGGCGAGAGGUCACGGCGGCCAUGGUCGGACGGGGAGGAGAAGCCUGUGUUUGGGGAGAUGAGUAGCCCAGCUCGAAGGAGGUACCUGGGAGAUGAUUUCUUCAGUGACAUUUUUCCGGGCAGCGAGUCCUCAGGUACUACAUUGAGAAAGCAGGACCGAGAUUCUUACCCAUCUGCGCCUGUUUCUCGGGUCCUCAGCCCGAACCGCCCUGUCCUGGCUAGAUGCGAACCAUAUGUUGGAAGUUCCUCACUGCCUGCGCAGCUCAGCCACUCUGUGAAGUUAGCCAAAGGGAUAGACCAUCCGUCAUUUGGAUCUCCCACUAAUCAUUCUCUAUAUAAAAAUGAGUAUGAAGCUCCUGAUGUAUUCAGCUUUCCCUCUUCCCCAAAUGCUUCUGUCUCUAGUUUUACAACCCGAGAAGUACGAGCACAAAUUGAUCUGAGAAAUGAAAGUCAUGCUUUUUAUCGCCAAAGUCCUUUAUCUCGUCCGUUUUCUAAUAGGUCAUUAAAGACCACUGAUUCUGCUUGGCACAGCACAGAAAGCCAAUAUCAAAAGGACUCAUUGGGCUUAGAAAGUUAUAUCAGCAGCAGCCAAUUCCAUUUCUCCAUGUACAGAUGGGUGGGCAAAGGAGUAAAACUGGUUUUGCCUUAUAAUUCAGAAGAAAGAAAUAAAAAUGUAAGCAGGCCUAGAAAAUUACCUGAAGUGGUGAUACAUGGAGUUGAUCUAGCCAGUGAUGAUGACAAUAUAUCAACUGUGACUGGAGCAUCAGAAUCCCAAAGUGAGAGUCAUGCUACCAAGUUGCCGAAUGAUUUCCCUAUGGAGAGAAAGUUUGAUACAGGUUCAGCAAGUGUGGAUAACCAUUUGCCUGCUAAGUUUGAGCUGAAGGACCUUCACAGUGAUUCAGUCAAAGAAUCAGGUACUUGCAAGAACACCAAUAAGGAGGUUCCUGUGACUAAACUUGAUACAAGGAAAUCUGGAGCAAGAAAUCUAUGCCAGCUGUUUAAUGAUGAAUUUAGAAAACAAGGACAUGAGGAUGUAAUUAUACAGGAUGAGGAAACAGGAGGCUUGUCCAGAGGCCAAAGAAAUGUUAAUGAUAAUGUUGGAUUUAAAGAGAAAGCUGGAAGAGAAAAUAGUGUAGGUUACAUUGAAGUAAUGAGCAUAAGCAGUCAAGAUGUCCCGAUAUGCAUGGAAGAUAAAAUGCCUGGUGGCAGAGUAAAGGGUAAAGUAAAGGAGUUCAUCAAAAUAUUCAAUCAUGAAGGUUCACCAAAAUGCGAGAGCACAUUCGAAACUCAGGGACGCAGAUCUAAAGGAAAAUGUGGAGGCAACAUCAUAAUAGAAGACCAACAUAGCAUCCCUACAACCAGGGCUGAUAAGAAAGUCAAACCUAGCCAUGAAAACAAUGGAGCAUUUUUGGCUACCUCUGUGGCAGUAAAUGAAAUAUUAAAUGGGGUAGAGAAGCCGGACUCCAAUAUGAGCUCUCACAAUCACAUUAACAAUGAUUCAUCUUCAGAAAGAAUUGACAUCACAGGUCCAUGUUCUGAGUCAACUCAUGAAAGCAUGGAUGCUUCAGUAUUCAAUGUAGAGGAUUACCAUUAUGAAGAUAUUGAAGAAUGUUUGGUAGAGGAGUUAUCUCAAGAACAGAAUGAACCUCUGCAGAGUAAUCUACAUCAAGAUCAAUUCAAAAUUUCAGAUGCUAAAAUAUGGGAGUGGUCAAAAGGAAAGGAAGGAAAUAUCCGUUCUCUGCUAUCGACACUACAAUAUGUUCUCUGGCCAGAGUGUGGAUGGAAAUCAAUUCCCCUUGUUGAUAUAAUUGAAGGAACUGCUGUGAAGAGAGCAUAUCAAAAGGCAUUACUUUGUUUACAUCCAGAUAAACUACAACAACGGGGUGCAGCUGUUCAUCAAACAUAUAUUGCAGAAAAGGUUUUUGAGAUUUUGCAGGAAGCAUGGACUCAAUUCAGUUCAGUCAGUGCACUUUGAUGGUGAGAUGGUCAUCAUUUGGCUGCUUGUAUCAAAACCUAAAAUACAUACUUUAGUGUUAUGGAGUGUAUCUGAUAUGUUUAUCCAUGAUGAGCAACAAGAUUUCAGUUGUGUGAUAUCCAGAUCAAGAAAACAUUAUGUUUUAGAAGAUUUUCAUAUUGUUUGCCUAGACAAUUGUCUGGCAUACUGGAUAAGAUCCAUACUGGCUAAUUCAUAUCCUUUUACUUCAGCUCA